AUGGCACAUUCUUUGCGUAAUAUAUUGAUUUUGGCCACUGUUAUUCCUGCUGUUCUCACCAUACCCACCACCGACUCCUCCUCUCCCACGUCUCUCCGUCCCAGAGCGAUUCGUCCCCAGCCAGAGCGGGCAACAGGUCUCUUCCGAAGACUCCGAAAUGCCCUGAUUGAAAGAAUAUGGUCAAUACCAGACACAUGCCAUACACACAAACUCUCUCCUGCUCCCUCCGCGAGCCGGGCUCCAGAGAACUUCCGCGCUCGUUACGGAGGCGAUGUGGUGCUACGAUUCCAAGUCAACACCGAAGAUGAGGCAAAGGCACUGUCAGAGGCAGUCAACAUAUUGUAUCUGGACAUCUGGGAGGCGACGACCAAGUGGGUGGACAUCAGAAUAGCCAACGAUGUGGUGCCUUCAUUCAUUGGCCUGCUUCCCGCUUCACUGCGCGACUCAUAUACUCCGUUGAUGCACGAUCUAGCUCGAGCAGUGUACGAAACAUAUCCAGAAUCAUCCCCAGCCGAGGAGACCUCUCUGACACCCGGUCUUACGACUUUGCAUGACUGGCGGGCAGGCAGAGGCACGCCAGAGGAUUUGUUCUUUCAAGACUACCAGCCUCUUUCCGUGCUAUAUCCGUGGCUACGACUGAUUGCCUCAAUGUUUCCAAGCCAUGCCUCGUUGAUCAGCCUUGGGCUGUCCGCUGAAGGUCGAGAUAUUCCAGCCCUACGAGUUGGCGCCCGACCAGACAACGUCCCAAACGAUUCAGACAAGUCGAGGCCGACGUUGUUGAUUGUGGGCGGUAGUCAUUCAAGAGAAUGGAUUUCAGUCUCCACCACAGCCUACAUCGCUUACAAUCUCGUCACUCGUUACGGCCAGCCUCACUCUCCAUACGUGACGAAGUUAUUGGAUCAUUUCGACGUGGUCUUUGUGCCGGUGCUCAACCCAGACGGCUAUGAGUAUACUUGGACGACCGAUCGACUGUGGCGCAAGAACCGGCAACCAACCUCUCUUCCCUUCUGCCCGGGUGUCGACCUCGGCCGAUCAUUCCCGUUCGGCUGGGACGGUUUCGGCGAUACGGACAACCCCUGUAGUGACAGUUAUGCUGGACCGGCGCCAUUGGCGGCCACCGAGGCUCAAAUCCUGUACGAUUGGGCACGCAAUGAGACGGAGCACAACAACGUUACCUUUGUGUCGUUCCUGGACUUGCACUCUUACUCGCAACAAGUCCUGUAUCCCUACAGUUAUACUUGUGACGUGGAUCCCCCGAACCUGGAAGACCUGGAAGAAGUUGCUUUUGGACUGGCCAAAUCAUUCCGCUUAACCAACGGGCAUUACUAUGGAGCGGAGAGCGCCUGUCAAGGAGGGAUUUCGUUCCAAGACCAGACCAAGAAGACCAGUGUUCAGGCCGAGGCGCAAGGCGGCUCAGCCUUGGACUAUUUCUACCACGAUCUGCACGUGAAGCUCUCUUUCCAGAUCAAGCUCCGAGAUACUGGGAAUUACGGCUUCUUGCUGCCAAGAUCCCACAUUGUGCCUACAGGCGACGAAGCUUACGAGGCCGUGGUGGGGUUGGGACGGUGGUUGUUGGGAGACCAUGGCAUUGAGAGCAUUGAUGACCGGGAUUCGGUUUGGGGCGUCGAGAUUGCUACCUCGGGCUCGCAGGAUACGGAGGUCGCACAUGAAGAGGACAAGACAUCUUCUGCGGCCGAAAAUGAUGAAAGCUUUUACGAUGACUCGGAUUUUGAACUGCGGAGAAGAAGAAGGCGUUGA